AUGAAGAAAGGGGAACCUGUUUUCAAGAAAGGAAUCACUUGGGUUCCGGGGUAUAAUAGCAACCUUAGCUUCUGGCAUGACAAUUGGACCAAGGUAGGUAUCUUAAGAAAUAUCAUCCAAGGUCCCCUAACCACCGAGUCUAAUUUGUUAGAAGUUAAAGAUGUUGCUAGUUUUGAAGGAUGGAAUUGGAACUUGCUGCAAUUAGAGAUUCCUGAGGAUGUUAAAAGAGAGAUUCAAGCUACCCCUUUCUCGUGUGUUGCAAGAAAUCAUGACAAAUUAGCUUGGAAACCUUCUCCCAAAGGUCAAGCUCCUUGGAACCAAAUUUUUAUGUUUGCUAUUUGGACUAUUUGGAAGGGUAGGAACCAGCUGGUAUUUGAGAACAAGAAUUUAAAGUCUAGUAUUGCCAAAGACAUCUUUUACCAAGCUUUAGAAUACUUUCACUGUGCUGGCAAGCUGCUGGUGACAAAACGGAAAAUCUUGAAACAGGUGCGCUGGGAAAAACCCUGUAUUGGCUGGUUGAAAUUAAACACUGAUGGGUCGUCUUUGGGGAACCCGGGCUUAGCUGGUGGUGGAGGUCUUCUGCGAGAUGAGUAUGGUAGCUGGAUUGGGGGGUUUUCUAGAAGGAUUGGCAUAGCAAACAGCUUCACAACUGAGUUAUGGGCGUUGCGGGAUGGCCUUCUCUUAUCUAACACUAUUGUGUCUUCAAUAAUGGAUGACUGUAAGCUCUUGAUGAACCAAAUCCCUCAAGCUACUAUAUCACAUGUCUAUAGGGAAGCAAACAAAAGUGCUGACUGGCUUGCAAGUUUUGGGCUAAACUUAGAUUCGGAUUUUGUAUUGUGGAAUGGUUCGCCUGUGGACCUUAUUCCUGUCCUAGAGGCUGAUAGCCGAGAACGUGUUCAUCAGAAAAAAAAAAAAAAAAAAAAAAAAAAAAAAAAAAAAAAAAAAAAAAAAACAGUCGCGCGGCGACCUGGGUCGCCGGCCUGGAUCUGUCGCGCGCGGCCUGUGUCGCCGGCCUGGAUCUGGCGCGGCCUGGGUCGCGGCAAGCUCCGACUCCGUGAUUUGCUUGACAUUUCUCCUACCUUAACUGAGGCUGCUGGUGCCAUUAUCGAUGACUCAUUUACACGAUGCUUCAAGUCGAAUUCUCCGGAACUGUGGAAUUGGAAUGUGUAUUUGUUUCCAAUAUGGUGUUGUGGGGUUGUAAUUCGAUAUUUCAUUCUAUUCCCUGUGAGGGUUCUAAUAUUGACAAUUGGAUGGAUAAUAUUCCUUUCAUCUUAUAUUCCUGUACACUUCCUGCUAAAAGGGCAUGACAAGUUGAGAAAAAAGAUUGAGAGGUCUUUGGUGGAGUUAAUUUGCAGUUUCUUUGUUGCAUCAUGGACUGGGGUUGUAAAAUACCAUGGGCCAUGGCCUAGCAUGCGGCCUAAGCAGGUUUUUGUGGCUAAUCACACCUCCAUGAUUGAUUUCAUCAUCCUAGAACAGAUGACUGCAUUUGCUGUUAUUAUGCAGAAGCAUCCUGGAUGGGUUGGACUCUUGCAAAGCACCAUAUUAGAGAGCGUAGGAUGUAUCUGGUUCAAUCGUUCUGAGGCAAAGGAUCGGGAAAUUGUAGCAAAGAAGUUGAGAGAUCACGUUCAAGGCGCUGAAAAUAAUCCUCUUCUCAUAUUUCUGGAGGGAACUUGUGUAAAUAAUCACUACACUGUUAUGUUCAAGAAGGGUGCAUUUGAACUUGGCUGCACUGUUUGCCCAGUUGCUAUUAAGUACAACAAAAUAUUCGUUGAUGCUUUUUGGAACAGCCGGAAGCAAUCCUUCACAAUGCAUCUGCUGCAGCUUAUGACAUCCUGGGCUGUUUUGUGUGGUUGGUACUUGGAGCCGCAAAAUAUAAAACCUGGAGAGACAGCCAUAGAGUUUGCAGAGAGGGUAAGGGACAUAAUAUCUGUUAGAGCAGGUCUCAAAAAGGUUCCUUGGGAUGGAUAUCUAAAGUACUCUCGCCCUAGUCCAAAACAUAGAGAACAGAAGCAACAAAGCUUUUCCAAAUCCAUGCUGCGACGCUUGGAGGAGAAGUAAUACAUGUAUAUAUUUUGUUUAAUUCUUACUUGUACCCUUUUUGAGAUAUAGAGUCACCAUUUUUGUGUUGUUUUCGAUAAACUAGUUGGAUACCCAUAUAUGAGGGAUUUUAGAGUUUAAACUGACUGUGUGCAAAAUGUGCGGGGAUUUUAGAGUUUAUACUGAUUGUGCAAAAUAAUAUUUAGUUUUUCAACUUUGCUAAUAAUGUUGUAAUUGAGUUCUGGUAAGAAGCUUUAACAAUUCUAUUCUACCUGGCCUGGAAAAAUUCUUAUUUUGCAUAAUAGUUUUGCAAUGGAAUUGUAAUUUUCUUCA